AACGUGAAGCAUUAUUACUCAUCGCUGUGUCACCUCCCAGCUCGCCGUGCACGCGAGCGCUCGUCCGCGUUGUGCGCGUUUCCGCCGUGAGCUGGCCGCCCCGCCCAUCCCGAGUCGGUCUCACGCAGCAGAUCGCACGCACACGCACACAUAUACAUAACCGCGACCGCGCGUGCUCUCUCCUCCACGCUGGUGUCCACGCGCCCGGAGCGCGCGAAACGGUAACGCGCGCGCUGGCGGAGUGUUACGCCGGACAUGCCCGCCGACAGUACCGCCUCCAGCAGCCGCUCGCCUCCGAUAGCCCGCCUCGCGGGAGCCUCUAGCCGCGGACCGCUUUGAGCGCCGCGAUCCGCGCUGUCAGUCGCCCGAUCACGCGCGGCGCCGCUGCGAGAACGCAGAUGCGCGGCAGCAUCAGCACCUCUCCGCGGUCUCGCGCCCAGGCUGCGCUCCUCCUCGUGCGCCCGACGUGACGGACGGGCGCGCCCCUGGGAUGUUCUCGCGCAGCGGCUAACAUCGCGCGCACUGCAACAAGUCCCCGGCGAAGAUGAGCAGCAUGUCGAGCGGCGCCAAGUUCAGGAAGGACAAAGAAAUCGUGGCCGAGUACGAGAGUCAGGUGAAGGAGAUCCGGGCCCAGCUGGUGGAACAGCAGAAAUGCUUGGAGCAACAAACAGAGAUGCGGGUUCAGCUCCUCCAGGACCUGCAGGACUUCUUCCGCAAAAAGGCCGAGAUCGAGGUGGAGUACUCUCGCAACCUGGAGAAGCUGGCCGAACGCUUCAUGGCCAAGACCCGCAGCACUAAGGACCACCAACAGUACAAGAAGGACCAGAACCUGCUGUCUCCUGUCAACUGUUGGUACCUGCUACUGAACCAGGUGAGACGGGAGAGCAAGGAUCACGCCACGCUCAGCGAGAUCUAUUUGAACAAUGUCAUCAUACGCUUCAUGCAAAUUGGUGAGGACUCCACACGACUCCUCAAGAAGAGCAAAGAGAUCAUCUUUCAACUCCAGGAAGACUUGAUGAAGGUCUUGAAUGAGCUGUAUACUGUGAUGAAGACCUACCACAUGUACCACACGGAGAGCACAAGUGCGGAGUUCAAGCUCAAGGAGGCCGAGAAGCAGGAGGAGAAGCAAGCGGGUCGCAGCGGGGAUCCCGUUUUCAGUAUCCGCAUGGAGGACAAGUACCAGAGACGAAGCUCUGUGAAACGGAUAGAGAAGAUGAAGGAGAAGCGCCAAGCCAAGUACUCCGAGAACAAGCUGAAGCUGAUCAAAGCCCGCAAUGAGUACCUCCUCACGCUGGAAGCGACCAACUCAUCCGUGUUCAAGUACUACGUUCACGACUUGUCUCAUUUGAUUGACUGCUGUGACUUGGGCUACCAUGCCAGUCUGAACCGAGCUCUACGCACCUACCUCUCAGCGGAAUACAACCUGGAGACGUCACGCCACGAGGGCCUGGACAUCCUUGAGAAUGCAGUGGACAGCUUGGACCCUCGCAGUGACCGCCAGAGGUUCAUGGAAAUGUACCCCACUGCCUUUUGCCCACCAACCAAAUUUGACUUCCAGCCUCACAUGGGCGAUGAGGUGUCUCAGAUCACAGCCCAGCCCGCAGUACAGGCCGAGCUCGUGCUGCGCUUCCAGCAGCUGCAGUCUCGCCUCGCCACGCUGAAGAUCGAGAAUGAGGAGAUCAAAAAGACCUUGGAAGCUACGCUGACCACCGUCCAGGACAUGGUGGCUGUGGAAGACUACGAUGUGUCGGAGAGCUUCCAGCACAGCCGUUCCACCGAGUCGGUCAAGUCGAGCGUGUCGGAGACCUACCUCAGUAAACCCAGCAUGGCCAAGAGGCGAGCCAACCAGCAGGAGACAGAGCAAUUCUACUUCAUGAAGUUCCGUGAGUUUCUGGAGGGCAGCAAUCUCAUCUCCAAACUACAGGCCAAGCAUGACCUUCUAAAGAAGUCUUUAGGAGAAGGUCACCGACCCGAGCACAUGACUACCAGUCGUGGACGACGCAACUCGCAUUCCAGAAACCAGGACUCUGGUCAGGCCAUCCCUCGUCUUGUUGAAAGCUGUAUCCGAUUCAUAAACCUCUAUGGCCUCCAGCACCAGGGGAUAUUCCGAGUGUCUGGGUCACAGUUGGAAGUCAAUGACAUCAAGAACUCCUUUGAGCGAGGUAACGACCCGCUGACUGAUGAUGAGAAUAAUCAUGACAUCAACUCGGUUGCCGGGGUCCUCAAGCUCUACUUCCGGGGCCUGGAGAACCCCCUCUUUCCCAAGGAAAGAUUUAACGACCUAAUUUCCUGCAUCAGAAUAGAGAACCUCUACGAGAGGGCGUUGUACAUCCGCAAGAUCCUCCUCACCCUGCCGAGGUCUGUCCUCGUGCUCAUGCGCUACCUCUUUGCCUUCCUCAACCACUUGUCGCAGUACAGCGACGAGAAUAUGAUGGAUCCCUAUAACCUUGCCAUCUGUUUCGGACCCACACUAAUGCCCACACCUGACAUCCAGGACCAAGUGUCUUGCCAGGCGCAUGUCAAUGAGGUCAUCAAAACCAUCAUCAUUCACCACGAGACCAUCUUCCCAGACGCCAAAGAGCUUGAUGGGCCCGUAUAUGAGAAGUGCAUGACGGGGGGUGACUACUGUGAUAGUCCCUACAGUGAGCAUGGGCCCCUGGAGGAGCUGGACCAGGAUGGGGACACACACACAAGUGAGGAUGAAUGCGAACCCAUCGAAGCCAUUGCGAGGUUCGACUAUGUUGGGCGCUCUGCCCGCGAGCUCUCGUUCAAGAAGGGCGCCUCCCUGCUCCUGUACCAGAGAGCGUCGGAUGACUGGUGGGAAGGCCGACACAACGGCGUCGACGGCUUGGUGCCGCACCAGUACAUCGUGGUGCAGGAUGUCUUUGACCUGAUCCUGUGCCUCAGGGACGACGCGUUCUCGGACACUCUGAGCCAGAAGGCGGACAGCGAAGCCGGCAGCGGGCUGGCUGUGGAGGAGAACGGCUCGGCCAAGGACAUCAGCCCCCCCGCAGAGAGACCCGCGGAGGCCUAUGUGAGCAGCAGACACAGAAAGAGGGCGGAGCCCCCAUCUCGCCGGCCCCCUGGGCCCCACCCCUCGCCCUUGCGGACGGGCUCGCCAAGCGGGGGCCAUUGCAGCCCCCGGGACCUCCUGCGCGAGCGCCACCUCCCUGCCCUCGACAGCCCGGAACGGCAUCGUCGCUCUGACCGUAUCGGCCGUCACGAGUCACUCAGGAAGACGGAGAGCCCGCCCAUCCCCCGCUCGGCCUCCUCCGGGCAGUACUGCGGCCUCACCAAGGCCCUGGACCCUGAGGUCAUUGCUCAGGACAUUGAGGAGACCAUGAACACGGCGCUGAACGAGCUGAGGGAGCUGGAGCGGCAAAGCUCGGCCAAGCCGGCGCCGGACGUCGUUCUGGACGCGCUGGAGCAGGUGAAGGGCGGCGCCGCGGCGCACAGCCCUCUGCGCGGCCUGCUCCCGCGGCCCAACGAGGCAGCCCUGCCCACGCGUCGGCCCCCCGGCCCCGGCUCACCCGUGGACGGCCUCGCCGCGUUCAAGCCCGCCGUGGCUCCGCGCAUGGGAAUGCAGGCCCGACCCCCCGUGCUGCGACCCAAACCCCUGGUGCUGCCCAAAGCUGCUCCUGCCCAGCCACCAUCCUCCUCCCCGCAGGGCCCGCUGGACAAGACCUGCACCAUGUGAGCCCGCCCACGCUGGGACAAAUCGGAGAAGAACACGAUGACGUCUGGUGAAAUGGGACACUGGCGUAACUUUUGACACUUAACGUGUUUUGUAGUAGCUCUCUAGACUUGUAGAAAACUUGUGUCUCGCUGUUAUUGCCGCAUCCGCUAGCCUAGACGAGGCGUCGUCACGUUGCUCCGCUAGCCGCCGUGCCGACAGCAUUUAUCCUAGGUGUAAGACGUAGUCAUAUAACAGUCUGUUGAAAACCAAUGACGUAGUUAAAGAUUUAGCCGAGUUAGAAUACGAAGCAACAGUGCAUUAUGAUAAUUGCUCUUGUUCGUAUAUUAUGAGCAACAAAUCACAAAGGCUUCCUGCGUGGUUAGAUAAGGUAACUUCUUAACAGUAGCUCAGUACUGGAAAGUUGUAAGAGAGUUUGUUUACUGGUGUCAGUCCAUUUGGGGACUGUGGGAAAUACAUAUUAUAUAAGAUUAUAUAUAAUCUACUAUAAUAAGUGAUAUGUCUUGUUAUCCUAAUAUUUAUUGAGAUAGAGAUAUAUAUAUAUACAUAAGAUUAUACAUAAUGUUAUAUACUAAGGCAUACAUCUUAUUGAUAUUUAUUAUGAAUAUAUAUUAUGUGUAAUCUUAUAUAAUAAGAUAUAUCUUGUACUGUUGUCUUAAUAUGCGUUACAAACAUAUAUUACAGUGCAGCUUGAAAAUAUGUGAACCCUGUAGGGAUGGUCAUUAAACUAU